CCAAAGCCCUCAUCGUGAACUCUGGUAAUGGGAGCAGUUUCAGUUUCAGUUUCAGGGGGUGAGAUAUGGAAGGCUCACACCGCCAUGGCAAUGGUUCAACUAUUCAACGGAGGCUUCCACGUCAUCACCAAAUUGGCGCUCAAUGUUGGGGUCAACCAAAUCGUUUUCUGCGUCUUCCGCGAUCUCCUUGCCUUCUCCAUUCUCGCUCCCAUCGCUUUUUUCCGUGAAAAACAUACACGACCACCCUUAACCAAGCGCCUCGUGAUCUCGUUCUUCUUUCUCGGAUUAACUGGGAUAUUUGGCAACCAUCUUUUGUUUCUCAUUGGCUUAAGCUAUACUAAUCCAACUUAUGCUGCUGCAAUUCAGCCAGCCACUCCGGUCUUUACUUUUCUGUUGGCUGUAGUGAUGGGUACAGAAAGUGUGAACUUGCUAAGAUAUGAAGGUCUGGCCAAGGUUGGAGGGACAUGUUCCUGUGUUUUUGGUGCUGUACUGAUGGUUUUGUAUCGUGGUCCAGCCUUGAUAGGAAAUUCAGAAACAGACUUCGCAUCACAUAGUGAAAUAAGUGCCAAAGGUCAACCAGAGCCUUCUGGAUGGUUAAUUGGUGGUUUACUGGAUCUCGGAUUCGACCAUUUUCAUCUUGGGGUUUUGUGCUUCAUAGGGAACUGCAUGUGCAUGGCUGCUUUUCUAACCAUUCAGGCUCCCUUAUUAAAAAAGUAUCCUGCAAAUCUAUCUGUCACAGCGUAUUCGUACUUCUUUGGUGCUGUACUGAUGGUAACUACAUCAUUCUUUGCAACUGAUGAGUCAACUGACUGGAGUUUGACACGGUCUGAAAUCAUUGCCGUUAUUUAUGCUGGAUUUAUCGCAUCAGCCCUUAAUUAUGGAAUUAUUACAUGGUGCAACAAGAUCUUGGGGCCAGCUAUGGUUGCCCUUUAUAAUCCACUUCAACCUGGAGCUUCUGCUCUCUUGUCCAGAAUUUUUCUUGGAAGUCCAAUUUACAUGGGAAGCAUCACCGGUGGAUCUUUCAUCAUUAUUGGCUUGUAUGCGGUUACAUGGGCAUCUUAUAGAGAACGACAUGCAGCCUCGGGAGUUAUUUCUCAUGGUACAAGGGUUGAAUCACUAGUCCAUGACAAGAGUUCAUAUAGAGUUCACAUUUUCUCAGGGGGCCCCAGCUUGUCCCCAAAGCCAUCGGAUUAA